CACGUCGGCUCUGGGCCCGCGUCCAGACCUCGUUUUAAACCCCUACCACCCCCUCGCUUUGUGCCCUUCAAAGCCAAACCCGGAGCUCUACUCUCGCUCACCGUCACCGGAAUUGAUGGAAGAAAUCUUCUCUCCGGCUGGCUGGACUUCCGUACGGAUUGCCGGAAGCGUGCCGGAGAAUUUCCUCACCUCGAGAACCCUUCUCUAAUAACCUAUUCGGCGAACCCUAAGGAGGAAAGGUGGCGCCUUUAUGGAGAUCGGAAGCCAUUUCGAUCGCUGGGGUUUUGGUCUCGUGGAGGGAAAUUGCAGCGAGAUUGAAGCAUUAAUGGCGUCUUCGGUUUCAUUAAUGAGCCUUUGAUUGCGAUCUUUUUUUGUUUUGUGUCUUCUUUUGGUUAUGACUUUAAUGGGUGCUUGGUUCGUUCUAAGGGAUGUCAGAAAUUUCUAGUUGUAGUUUCUUUGCGUGAUCUUGUGAUAAAGGAGUGUAAAGGAAGAAAUCGGCGUCGGAUCUUCGCAUUUAUCGCGAAUUUGGCCAUUUUUGUACCGUGAUUUCGUGUUCUGGGCGUGGAAUUUGGUUAGGGUUUUAGAGUCUGGGGAGUUGGGGAAUGGAACGGUGGUAGAAGAAGGGGUGUUUUGAUCUCCGAAAGCGAUGCCAUUUCAGAUGAAGAUCCAGCCGAUCGGGCCGAAGGGAGCGGUGCGGACCGAUCCGGCGAAGCCCGCGGGCAAGUCGCGGCUGAAGCGGCUCUUCGAGCGGCAGUUCCCGAGCGUGCUGAGGAUCUCCUCCGCCGAGAAGGUCUCCGUUGCCGGCGUCGGCGAUGGCAAGGACAGAGAGAGGGACGACGGCGACAUGGUGGACCCAAGCUCGCUGUGCCUGGAUAGAAUGGUGCUGAGCUUCAUAGAAGAGGGCAAUGAGAAGCCGCCGCGGAGCCGCUGCAACUGCUUCAACGGCAACUGCGACGACAGCUCCGACGACGAAUCCGACAUCCGCGCAGGCGAUGCUCCCGCCGCCUCCGGCGACGCUGUAGAGAUCCUUAAGGGCCUGGUGCCAUGUGCGAGCGUCGCGGAGAGAAAUCUCUUGGCGGACGCCUCAAGGAUCCUGGAGAAGAACAAGAACAAGGACGAUUGCCGGAGAAUCGUCACCGACGGUCUCCAAUCUCUCGGCUACGACGCCUCCAUCUGCAAGUCCCGGUGGGAGAAAACCCCUUCAUUUCCGGCCGGGGAGUACGAGUACGUGGACGUGAUCGUUGCCGGCGAGCGGCUGCUGGUGGACGUCGACUUCCGGUCUGAGUUCGAGAUCGCCCGGUCCACCAAGACCUAUCGUGCCGUCCUCCAAUCCCUGCCGUCCAUCUUUGUCGGAAAACCCGACCGGCUCCAGCAGAUCGUCGCUGUCGUCUCGGAGGCAGCGAGGCAGAGCAUGAAGAAGAAAGGUCUCAGCUUUCCACCAUGGAGGAAGCCAGAGUACAUGAAGGCCAAGUGGCUCUCCCCCUACCAGCGAACCACCGCCCUCGUCACAACCCAACCGGAGGACGAGUCGGACGGCGGGAAGGCAGAGCCGGGGGUUGAUAGCAGAGCGCCCUGUUCUAUCUCGGCCGUCAAUUUUUCCGGCGAGUUCGAGCUUCGUUUCGAGAAUUCCGGCCGCUCCCCGGCCGCCAACCCUGGCGUGUCGGCGGAGAAGAAGAUCACCGUCGUAGUGUCGCCGUGGCAGCCGCCGGAGGUGAAACCAAAGACUCCGAAGCCGGGGACCAAGGUCGUCACCGGCUUGGCUUCCGUUCUCUGAGUCCGAAUUUUGGAGUUUUUGUUAAAAAAUUCGGUUUUUUUUUUGUUUUUUGUUUUUUUUCCUUUUUUCCUGGUUUUGCUGAGGGAAGAGAGAGAUAUAUACUACGAAUUCUCUCUGCGUUUCUUGUCCUAUAUAAGAAACUGUAAGAAGAGGUUUUCCUGCCUACUGGUAUAAAUAUAAUCUAAUAGUGUGAUAUAAAUAUCAAAAUAUAAAUAUAAAAUUAUAUCUUU